GUGAUAACAAGCAUCGUUUAUCGUUGGAUUGUUGUAAGAAAACAUUAAAAAUGAGUGAAGCAGCUUCUCCAAAGAAAAUCGCACCCAAGAAGAAACCUGCUGCAAAGAAGACAGCUGAUCACCCUAAAUAUGUGGACAUGAUCAAGGCUGCUAUCGCUACCCUAAAGGAACGCGGUGGUUCAUCUCGCCAAGCUAUUACAAAAUAUAUUCAUGCAAAUUACAAAGUUGCUGAAAACUCAGAUCAUCAUCUGAAAAUGGCUCUUAAACGAGGAGUAACAUCAGGCGAUUUGAUUCAAACUAAAGGCACUGGUGCUUCUGGAUCAUUCAAGCUAGGUCAGGUAAAAAAAGAAAAACCUAAGAAAAAGGCCGCAGCAAAAAAGCCAACGGCAAAGAAGCCUACUGCAAAGAAAAGUACACCAAAAAAGAAGCCAGCAAAGAAGAGCACGCCAAAGAAAGCAGCAAAGAAGCCUGCCACAAAGAAAGCCUCGGCUAAGAAACCAGCAGCUAAGAAACCCACAAAGAAGCCUGUUGCUAAAAAACCAGCAGCUAAGAAACCCACAAAGAAGCCUGUUGCUAAAAAACCUGCAGCAAAGAAGGUCAAAAAGACUCCCAAAAAGGCAGCAAAGAAGACCGCAAAAAAAUAAUUUGUGUGUAUCUGGCUAUUACAUUAACAAACGGCUAUUUUUAUAGCCACACAUUUACAAAAAAACAUUAUCUUGGUACAAAGUUAAACUUGUUUAAGUCACUUAAACAGUUAAAAAAGAGU